UGUUGGACUUGACGUGGUAACUUCACAUAACUUUUUCCUUCCUCUGCCUGAACCGGCUUGAUCUGCGUUGCGCACUGCACCAUGUGAGCAGGAUGGGGCGCAGGGUGCCGAAAGCGGUCUCAACUCUCAUGUCAUGGAAUUGACUGCUUCCAAAUAAGACACGACUCGCAAGCAAAUCUGACUUCUGAGCACCAGGAACACCAACUACGGCCUGGCAGCUCAAAUCAUGGGUCACAUCUUGCUGAAGCCUCGGCUGCAGCCAAAUGCAGCAAGGAAGUUCAUUUCAAAAUAGAGUUGCUGCCAUCGGCUCGUCGUCGCUCUGAAUUGUGGAGUAGGAGAAACGCAUUCAAAUGCUACUUAGAAUUUCCCUUGCAUCGCUGUUACUUUAUUUGUAACCUCGAUCCGACUGGGGUAUGGAGCAGGAGGGCAUUUAGUGACGCCACUGUCCUAAGCUGGUUGUGUUUCUCAACACAAUCGUAUCAUAUCUGAGCCGGCGGUAACGCGGAUGUGCGAACAUUGCAGUUACUUUACUGAUCCUGUCAGCUGUGGACCGCUGUUGUCAACGCGAAGUGGGCGCCAGUGAUCAUGCGGUAUUUAUGGUUAUCGGUUUGGGCUUUCUCUGCUACUUCGUUCCUGGCAUGUUGGAAGGAAUCAUGUGGAGUACCUAUGGCCGAGGAUCCAUGUGCACCCUGCUCCUGCGUCAAUCAAAAUCUUUCGAGUUGUCCCGACCUGCUAAACAUAUCCCUACCCAAUACCAACAUUCAUCACCUAUCCCCCAAUCUUUUAGGACACUCUACUGGCUUACAACAAUUAGACUUGACUAAUAAUUUUCUAACCGAAUUGCCCCCUAGUCUGUUUGCAAACAGUAGCAACUUGAAUGAGCUGUGCUUGUCACGCAAUCAGAUACGGCAAUUAUGUUCUCAUGUAUUUGACAAUCUUGAAUCGUUGACUUAUCUAAACUUGGAAAGAAACUCGCUCACAGAAUUACCGGAUGGUCUUUUUCAGAAAAACACCAACUUGUUACAACUGCGAUUGUCCCACAAUCAGUUAGCAAGCUUGCCUUCUUGUCUCUUUGACAAUCUUGAAUCGUUGACCUUUCUCUCUCUGCACAGCAACUCCUUGUCGUUGGACCAUAGACUCUGCGUGUUGGAGUCGGCUAGAUAUAUCAUCAAUGAUACAGAAUCUUUGGUAAUCGAUUCCGAUGUAGAGAGCUACGUGGACAUCAAUCAGAACACAGAGUUUUGCUCCAGCUCUUGUGAGAGCAUACCGCGAAAAGAGAAGCCCUGCCCUCCUGCAUUCACUUGCCAUGGUGAUGUGUCCAACUACACUUGUAUAGAUGCUAGGUUCGAGUGUGCCGGGUACAUUCUCACUGUCAAUCGUCGCACACAGAUAUUGGCUCUGGAUGCGCGGCAAGAAUGCAGGCGUCAGAAACUACUGCCAUUCAGAUUGGACUACUUUCUCGACAUGAAAACAUGCUUCAGGGAUGCAAUACAAGAAAUUCUUCUUGAGCAAGUAAAGAUGAUCUGGCUAAAGGAUUCCAGUAACAAGAGCUUUGCUAGGUACAAUCUCGAAACUCGGGUAGUUGGCACACCUGCCAACCAAAAAACUACAACAGCAGAUGGCUAUGUUUGUGGGAGAGAAAUAAACGAGUGCGAUAUCUCAACACCUUGCUCUGUGGGAUUUCGCUGUGAGAACACCAGGGGCAGCUACACAUGUGUAGAUCAACGGAAUGUUACAAAGGCGCUUCUCUGCAACGGGUUCAACUUCACUAUCAAUUUCUAUCCGCGGAUAGACCUUUUGGCGGCCCGUACACAUUGCUUGAAUAAGCAGAAUUUACCAAUUUUCCGGCAAGAUCUAGUUGAUAAUUUUUUGAAAGGGAAGAAAUGCUACCAGGAUUCAAGAGACGAAUUUCUUGGAGUGCGAAUACAGCAUAUCUGGCUUAAGCUCAGGAAUACUGAACAGCCGAAAAUAGGGAUAUACAACAUUAACACCCAGAAAAUCGACGCUGACUCAACAGCAGACGGCUUCAUUUGUGGGAAAGAUAUCAAUGAGUGCAUGCUCUUCGCACCAUGUUUGGCAGGGUACACUUGCUUCAACACCAAAAGCAGCUACAUAUGCGUAGAUAAUGCUAAAAUUGAUCCUACACAGGCUGGAGGCACUUACACGGCGAAUCAGAACACAAGCGCUCCGAAUAACACGGCUGUGUUUAGUGCCGUGAGCAUGGUGGCGACAUCGUACCCCUCCACUAUGCUGCCUACACCAACACAACAACAACCGACCCUCUCUGACGUAGGCAUAGGAGCAACAACAACAGCUGCAUCGCAAGGCGACACGCCUGCUGUGGACAUGACAACACGAUCAACUAACGAUCAUGUGUUUUACACGCCGGACACAGGUGUUCAGGUGACAAUACCAGUCACUGCAGUGCCGUCGUCAGCGUCCGACCCCAGUGCCGGUGGCGGUGAUGCAACAGAAAGUACGGCAAACACGACGACUCUGACACCAACACCAUUCCAGGAAUAUCUCCCACCAGUCGUGCCGCCGGGCAUGAACUUCUCGGCUGGCCUGGGUAUUGGCGCAGGGCUCUUCGCUCUUUUACUCAUAGUAUUUCAACUAUAUAAGAAACUGGGACGCAUCAGAAAGAGUGCUCCGUCCAUCGAAGACCACCCUGUGGUGAAACAUAUUGAGAUGCAGCCAUCCAAGGACUACGCAUCCGUUGACACAGUUAACUUCCAUCGCACACAGACGGUCAAAGAAAACCUCCAUUACACACAGUCGACGGUCAAAGAAAACCUCCAUUACACACAGACGAUCCAAGUUGGCCCCUUGCCUGGAUUGGCCAAUGACCAAUACCCUCAAUGUGGGUUUAAGAGAAAUGCAGAAUUAGCUAGGACAGCAAGGGACCAUCUCAUUAUGCACCCGGAAUUCUCUUUGAUCUCCCAGGACUCACAAAUGGUUCUAACCCCCAAUGACUUUACGGAUUUACUGUGCACAAUGCCGUCGCCCCACACGUCGCCCCGCACCGAACGCUCGAGGCGCACUGCAUCGCACUCGUCUAUGGUGUCGGAGGGCAGCUUCCCUUUGCACCGUGCCUACACGGCCAGCACAAUGACUUCCCUGAGUACGGACACACGCACAAGUACUGAGCAUAUGUUUGGCUCCAACACGCCCACAAGUCACACUAAUAGUGAUGACUAUGACUAUGACUUUGACUGUAGCCAGAGCCAAUACCUGUACGAUAAUGAUCACAGGCCGUCGGACUCUGAACAAGAUCCUGACUACGACAGUGCUACUGAGAACUCGAGGACUGCCACCGUGCCUGCCGCUGCGGCCUUUGGUCGAAGCAUUUCCUUUUUAUCAAGGAGUACUCGUCCCCGUGACCUUCCUACGAUUGAAGGGAGGGUGAACUUGGGCGCCAUUGUAAAUGAACAUAUCUAUGCCACGGGCAGUCUAGAUAGCACAAACAACAGCACACUCAACAGCCCAACGUCAUCAGGUAAGAGGGAAAACAAUUACGAUGAUCUCUCCUGGGUUGAGCCCUUAUGCAAGCUUCCAUAUAAGCAGCCCAUUGGCAGUGCGACACAGCUUCAUCCAAGAAUCUGUGUUGGCGGCGUGGACUCCAGGCAUCGGGAUAUUGGGCACAAGAGAGUCCAAUCAGGAACCCUAUCCCUCUCCCUACCAGAGCCUCGCUGUAAUGUCAGGGCGUCAUUCUAAUGAUAUGGUGAGGUACAGCGACAGGGCUGCCGUGACAACCGUGCCGCCGCACUCACUGAAGAGCAGAAUGGAUGUGUUGUUCUUGAAUGGGCUUCGGCCAAGUCGACUCAAUCAGACCUUGCCAGUGUGCAAGCAAUGUGGAGUGUCUCGUCCGGAAUGCUUUCUCAGUACACCGUACUGACAAUGUGUAGAACUACUAGCUUCCUUACCCAGAGCCUUUAGAUAGAAGUGUGUUGUUCCCCGUGAAUACAAUUCAACACUAUGCUGUUUGUCAGCUAACAAUUAUUGCCGAUACACAGCGAAACAAAAUUUUGUUUCCUUCUUUUGCAUUGUUCUAACCUAGUCACUCCGUUAGUAUUGAAACAGCAGGAAGUGACCGAGUAGAGGUUUUUUGUAAGAAUUUUUCAUUCUUUUCAUCUUCCCAUGGUGGAAACCCCAGCCACUACUAGUGGCCAGUCAGUAUCCUGUCGUAGCAAUGGAGAGGUUAAUUUAGAAAGACACAAAGAUUAAGUGAUUUUAAAAAUGAAUGAGAAAAUAUGAAUAAAGAUUUCAAG